CACAGUUAUCCUAUAAGCAACUGAGCUCACACCUUCUCCUUUGUGCUGUGAAAAUUUUGUAGAAAAAAAUGCAGAAUCAGAACUUGUCUGUAGCUAAAACCAUAAACCCUACCUUCACAACUCUUCAAUCACCAUCUCUCGCCCAAUUUUUCAACCCUCUUCGCAGAACACUACCCACAAUUCCAUCUACCUAUAACAGAACUCCGAAGCCUCUCUAUAUUCAAGCCCAGAACCGGGAACUCGCGCUUUCCCGGCGAGAUGACAGUCACCGGAGGGAUAUCCGGUCAUUUGCCGGCCGAAGCAAAGGAAAAUCCGGUGGAACAUCACCCGGGCGCAUUGAGGGAAGUGGCGAGUUCCGGCGACAAGCUAAACGAAAUGCCCGCCGGAAAAGUAAGAAAUUAGCUGAGAGUCUUUUCUACAGGUUGAAGAAUCCUCAUGGAAACUACCCGGAUAAUUUCUCUGAAGAAGAGCUGCAAAUGAUUGGUUUGGGGUAUGAUAGAAUGGUUAGGUUUAUGGAAAGAGAUGACCCAAAUCUCAAACACCCGUAUGAUUGGUACAAGUAUGGUCAGUUUGGGCCAUAUUCUUGGCGUGGAGUUGUAUUAGGGGAGCCUGUUCGAGGGCGAUUUUCGGACCCAUGUGUAUCGAUGAUUGGUGAGGUUAGGGACCAGGAAGAGUGGGAGAAGAUUGAGCAACAUGAAAUGGCUCAGGAAUUUCAGAAUAGAUUGGAUGCGAUGGAUAAAAAUGUGGGCUUUAGAUACUUUUGGGUGUUUGUUAGGCAUCCUAAGUGGAGGGUAUCGGAUUUUCCUUGGCAACAAUGGACGUUGGUGUCUGAGGUUGUAGUUGAAGCUGGGAAUCAGAGGUUGGAUAAAUGGAAUUUGAUGGGGCGGCUCGGGAAUAAAGCAAGGUCAUUGAUCACACAAUGUGCAGCAUGGAUGAGACCUGAUAUUGUGUAUGUACAGAGACCUGUAUAUCAGUGUAGGUUUGAGCCUCAAGAUGACUUUUUUAAGGCGUUAACGCCUUUGCUUGAUCCAGAAACUGAACAGGAUUGUUUGUUUGAGUUGGAGGAUGAUAACGGAAGGAUGGAAUUCUGUACUUACUUUGGUGGGUUGUGUAAGAUUGUGAGAGUGAAUCCUAAGGCAUUUGUGGAUGAUGUGGUAAAAGCUUAUGAGAAAUUGAGUGAUGAGAAGAAGUCCAAGUGUUUGGGGUUCUUGUUAGACAAUCAUCCUGUGCCUUUGUUGCAUCCUUAUACGAAGGAGUGGAAGGUGAAGUUGGAGGAAAUGGAGAUGGGUUGUGAUGCACCAGAUGAUGAUGAUUAUGGCAGAAAUAACAAGGGAGAGACCGAGAUAGUGGACUGGAUUGAGGAUGAGGAGGAGGAUGGUGAAGAUGAAGAUGAGGAUGAGUACGAUGUGGAUUUGGAUGCAAGUGGAGACGACGAUGAUGAGCUGGGUAUCAAGGAGGAUGACGAUUCAAGUCAGGAAGAGGACACAAGAUUCUGGGAAGAUGAAUUCAACAAGGCAUUGGGUAGCAACGAAGCAAUGGAAAAGUUUGCCAAGAAAUAUAUGGAGACAUCAACGAAGUUUUAUGAAAAGCAUAUAAAUGCAAUGGAAGACAAGGAAAAACAAGCAAAGGAAGAUGGUGGAGAUGAAUUGGCAAUGAGAGGUGUUAGAGCCAAAAUUAGCCCAAAGGAGUGGGAGAGCCAUGGAUUUGGUCCUUGGAGAAGGAAACUAAAGAAAGGUAAAAUGCCUCCUGAAUUGUUCAUGAGAGCUGCAGUCAGGCCAUUCACUUAUAAGAAUCUGGUAAAGGAAAUUGUUUUGACCAGACAUGCUAUACUAGAAGGCGAGAUCGGUAAGAAGAAAUGAAGUAAUUACCAGCUUUUGCAAUUGGGUAGGACUCUAGAUACAAAGAUUCAUUGUGCAACACUACAAGCAAUACUGCAGAAACAAUGUAUUAUCAUAGGAGCUAAGUUAUUUUCUUGUAUAAUAUAACUCGAGGGAGAAAGUAGACUCUGCAAUCUCACCAAGAGCUUAUUGCUAUGUAUUGAUACCAUGUUUUGAUCGUAA